UCUGUCACGUGGGGGGGCAAUGCGGAAGCGGACCAUUUUCAGCCGAAAAACAAAACAUUCGUGGGUGGUGUGGAGUUAUUCAAUCUGGACUGACGUUACUCAGCACUGCUGGAGUGGCUCCGCAAACUGUACCGCAUCUCUCGACAGUUGUACCCGGGGUUUGGCACGAUGCUGAACGCCGCCGCCGCGGAGAGGAACAAGGAGCCCAUCCUGGCGGUGCUCCGGGAGUGCGUGAACACCGGGAGACCCCUGCAGGCUCUGGAGAUCUCCUCCGGUACCGGGCAACACGUCACACACUUCGCUCAGGCCCUGCGGAACAUCACCUGGCAGCCGUCAGAGUACGACCGCCAGUCUCUAGUCAGUAUCGAAGCGUACAGAGCCCACUAUCAGCUGUACAAUGUGAGGCCAGUCAUCCACCUGGAUGCUUCUCUGCCCCACCAGUACUGGGGAGGCAUCCAGCCAGAGAGCCUCGACCUGCUAGUCAACAUCAACAUGAUCCACAUUUCUCCAAUGGCUUGCACAGAGGGUUUAUUCAACGGGGCUGGAGCCGUGCUGAAGCCACAGGGUCUUCUGUUGACAUAUGGGCCCUAUGCAGUGAACGGUCACAUCACCCCUCAGAGUAAUAUUGACUUUGACUACAGCCUACGGCAGAGGAAUCCAGAGUGGGGACUCAGGGAUCUCUCCCUCCUCAGUUCGAUAGCACAAAGAAACGGUUUAUUCCUGGAGAAAAUAGUGGACAUGCCUGCAAACAACAAGUGUCUUCUGUUCAGGAAGGAGAGUUUGGUGUGAAGUCUUCAGACCAGUUUGUUCAAGACGCCUUAACUUACACUUGAAGCUCAGAUACAUUGCCAAAUUUUCGAGAACUGUUAAUGAAUCAUUUCCCUAUAUUCUAAUACACAUUGUUGUGAAUUAAUUUGUUUAAUCAGAACUGAAAUGUAAUCUAUUAUACGCUAUCUUCUUCUGUAUUGCACACUUCAGUAAAAAGGCUCACAGAUA